CACAGCCGUGUAACUGUAAUACAAGAAGUGAAAGAGGCUGAGAGAACAGGCUCAACUUCUAACCCUGAACAAAGGCAAAAAGGAUUUGUCAAGGCGCUAUCUCUCUCCCUCUUUCGCCCCUAUCCCCUUCCCCCCCAAAAAAAAGUGGAGGUGGAGAAAAGCUACAGCCUGGGAUAAUCAGACCAGGCUCACUUUCUGUGGGAGGAGAAGGCGCUCUGGAGGUUGCAGCACUGUCCUGUUCGAUUAUGUGGGGCUCUGCCUGGAGAAGUAAGCUUGCUUGGAAGGUUUUGCUUGCCAUUUGACUCAGAAACAUCAGUGAAUGCUUAUAUCUGGAAUGCUCUCAAGUUGAGAAGCAAUUUGAAUAUAAGAAUGCAGAGAUAGAGGCUUGGUGAGAAGACAUUCCCAACAGAAACUUCAACAUAAUUUUCCACUCCUGGUCAGGGCUUUUACCUUUUGACUGAUGUUGUUGGAAUACAGAUGGAUUGUAGUGUAGGUGCAGCCAUGGAAUUACGAAGAGCCUCCAGUCCUCACAGGAUGAAUAAGAAUGAUGUGGAUGCAGACAAAUCCAUGUUGCACAGCUGCUGCAUAUGUGGCAAGAGUUUUCCCUUCCAGAGCUCACUGUCACAACACAUGAGGAAGCACACAGGGGAGAAGCCCUAUAAGUGCCCUUAUUGUGAUCACAGAGCUUCUCAAAAGGGCAACUUAAAGAUCCAUAUUCGGGGUCACAGAACAGGCACUAUUAGCCAGAGGAAUGAUGUGGAAAUGGUAGGAGAGGCACAGCUCAAUGAGAUGAGAGUCUUUGAAGGCUUUGGUGGUUGCACCAGCCCUACCAAAAGCACCUCUGCUUGCAACAAAAUACUGAAUGGAACAGUUCCCACAGAGGAUAGCAAGAUCUUGCUCAGAAGCAGCAGGAAAGAGGCAUUUGCUGAGGAUGUUAAAUUAUGUACUGUUCAGUGCAACUUCUGUAAACACAAAUUUGAAGGGAAGAAAGAAUUGGAGCAACACAUCCAUCAAGUCCACAAGCCUUUCAAAUGUAGGCUGUGUAAGUACAUGACCCUAAGACAAGAGACCCUUUUAAAUCAUAUAGAGAGAGACCAUAUUACAACUCAGAUUCCAAAUGGGGAACCCUACCCUGAGAACUGCAAGACUGAGUCCAAUGCUGGAGAGUUUCCUUGUGAAGUCUGUGGACAAGCCUUUAGUCAAACAUGGUUCCUCAAAGCUCACAUGAAAAAGCAUCGAGGGUCAUUUGACCAUGGAUGCCACAUUUGUGGCCGGAAAUUUAAAGAGCCCUGGUUCCUUAAAAACCACAUGAAAUCUCAUGGCCCAAAAGCUGGGAGUAAAAACAAGCCAAAAAAUGAUUUAGAGCCCAUAGCCACUAUCAAUGAUGUCAUUCAAGAAGAGACCAUUGUGACUGGAUUAUCCCUGUAUGAAGUUUGUACCAAGUGUGGAAACCUGUUUACAAAUAUAGAGAGCCUAAAAGCACAUAAUUCUGUACAUUGCAGGUCUCAAGGAAUUUGCAGUGAUCACAGAGGUGAGAGACUAAUAGAUGGAGAUUUGGAUUCAUCUAUAACAAAACAGUUUUACUUCCAAUAUCUGAACUUGAGGCCAUCUGUGUGGGUAGAUGGUGUUUCAAGGGGCCAGUCAGGUAAAAGAGUAGCUGAGCUGGAUCCAGUCAAUAGUUACCAAGCUUGGCACUUGGCUACCAAAGGGAAGGUUGCAGAGCCUUCUGAGUAUGUUAAGUAUUUGGGAUGGGAUGAAGUUCUGGCAGAUGCUGAUGUCACAUAUGACAGGGACAGAAGGGAAUAUAUUCUUGUUAGUCAAGAGAAACGCAAGCUAGAGCAGGAUUCAUCCACCUCUUCCAGUAAUCCAAAGAAGAAGAACUGCACAGGUGGCCGUUCAGAGAAAAGCACUAGUGCACAAGCAGGGGACAACUGCAUCCUUGGCCAAGAUGACCUAGAAUACAGACCAUCCUCACGUCAGAGCAGAAGGGCAUCACAGAACAAGUCCACCGAGUGCUUUGAGUGUGGCAAGAUCUUCCGCACAUAUCACCAAAUGGUGCUUCAUUCCCGAGUACACAGGAAAGAGCGCAGAAGCUGCAGUGAAGGCGGAUCAGCAGUGCAACAUGAUAGAUAUGGUUCCAAUAGUGAGGAUGGUGAUUCUGGAUCUGUCAGUGCACCAAGCACACCAAGUUCUGCUUCUGCUCAAGAAGAUUCAGUUACUUCUGGAAUAGGUGAAGAGGGUCCUGAGGAUAGUUCUGAGGAAGGAAUACAUGAGGCAUCCCCAUGUAAGAAACCAUAUCUCUGCAGUUCUUCUGGAGAAGAUGAAUCUGGGGCAGCCCUACAGCUCAAUCAGGAAAGAAACAAUAGAGAAAAAAAUGCUGUGGAAUCUAAACCAGAAGUGCUAAAGAUGGCAUCUACGCCACAAAACAAGAUCAAAGAACCAUUUCCAAAAUAUGUGGAUUGCAAAAUUUACCCUGAUUCAAAGAUGUCAGCAUUUCAGCAAAGUUCUGAUUUUCCUUGUUCCAGUAAGACUGUUGAUGUGAGACUGAAUUUGCAAAGCCCAUUGGAAAUUCAGGAGAAGCUCUCUAAAGAGAUCCUUGUAGAGAUGAAUGAACAUUCUGUGCUCAAUAAAGAUACAGAUGUAUCUGAAAAGACUCCAUUAGAUCUAAGUGAGAAAUCAACUAGGGCUGAUUCAUGCCAUAUGAGCUUUACCUCAACCUUGCAGGCUGCUUUGAUUGUCCACCGAUGUCCUUACUGCAGUCAUAAAACUUACUAUCCAGAAGUCCUGUGGAUGCACAAAAGAAUUUGGCACAAAGUUAGUUGUAAUUCUGUGGCUCCUGCUUGGGUUCUUCAAAAUGGAUUCAAGAGUAUAAAACAUAAUUCUGUUUUUAUGGCAAGAAGUGGGCGCACUGGGCCACCUCCUGUACUUGGUGGGAAAGAAUGCCAACCUUUGCCUAUAGCCAGAUUUACACGUACUCAGGUGCCGAGUGGGUUGUCGGGAUCCAAAAACAAUUAUUCUGAUACUGCUAUAUCUCCUAAGCCUGGGGCUAUGGCUAAAGAUGUACUAUCCGCUGGUGGCUGUGGUCCGCAACCAUCAGCUCUUGAUGGGUAUAGACCACCCAAACUUAACCACACUCAUGAACAAUACAGUACAGUAGCCCAGCAGCCCCAGUUAAAAUCAAAAUUUGAAGUGAACUCCAAAUUGAUGCAAACAGGAAACUUUAGCAGAAGUUCAACGCCUUCCCACACAGUGGUAUCUAAACCUAGCAUACAGCCCUCCAGUAGCAGAGAAACAGAAAAGUACAUAGUCCCUCAAGUAAAUGCUGGAUCUGCUCCUUUAAUCAAGCAUUGUACUCCAGAUACAGGGAAGGCCAAAUUUUUAUCUCCAUCUCAGUACCACCCUCUGUGUAAAAAUGAGCCAUGCAUUACUCAAGAACCUCCAUCAAUGCCUCAGCAAGAACGUACAACCAAGAGGGAAAAUGAAAUGAGGGCAUUGAUCAAUUGUACUGGAGGAUCCAGAGCAAGUCCUUUGAUGCAACCUCAGCCUGUUGCAGCAGGACCUAUUCCACCUGUACAUUCCACCAAACAGGAGCCAUCCCCUGAGGGGCAUGAGAAAUGUUUGGAUAUUGUAAACAUCUUUAAGACCUCCAUUCCAAAGGAUCUUGCUACUUUCUACCAAACCUGGGGUGCCAAUAGCCCUGUAAUGGACCGUGCUGGGAUGCUUAGGACACAAAUGCACCAAGGAGACUAUCUCUGCGUAGAGUGUGGGAAGGGCUUUACCCAGCCAAGCCACCUCAGGACCCAUAUGAGGUCUCACACAGUGGUAUUUGAGUCUAAUGGACUCCGAGGUACUGAAGUUCACACCACCUCCGCAGAUGCCCCAAAACAAGUGAGAGACCAUUCCAGUGCAGAUACUGUCCAUACAGUGCCUCUCAGAAAGGGAACCUAAAAACACAUGUCCAGUGUGUACACCGGGUCCCCUUUGACAACAGCCAGUACCCUGACCGACGGUUCCCAUCACCUCCAAAUAAUUACUCCAUCAACCCCUCAGAAGACCAGCUGGAAAACAUCUUUACAAUCCAUCCAGUCCCUGGAGCAACUGUGUUAUAUUGAGACUCAUGCUCUGUGCUUUGCUAGAAGAGUGAUGCCUCUGAACUGUUAAUCAUAAAAUAAAUGAAGAACCUACCCAAGAUAUAUACAAAUGGACAUAGUAAUCAGUCCCCACAGUUCCUUAUUUCCUUUAUAAUAAACAGAAGAGCUGGCAAGCUUUGGGGUAGUGCAAAGCAUAUAUAUUAAUCAAGAUAACAUUUUUAGACACUGGAAAAAUUAAACUUCAUAUAUUUGGAGGAUGGCACUGCAACAGAAUCUUCCCUCGUGGUGGUUUGAAGUUUUAUUUUUAUUUUAAAAAAACACACAUGGAUUUGGGAAUGUGGGAAGGAGUGAUUAAGCAGCUGUCAUGCUGGAAAUGCAACUUAAAAAAAGAAGGAAGAAAGGUAAAUGGAGGAGUCAUUCAGCACUGAGAAAGCCAAACUUGAUGAAGGACGGAAGGGACAAAAGGGAGAGACCAUCAUUCUGCAGUGAGGUUGUUUCAUGAUAGUUUGGGGACCACUUCCAUUUCCAGUGGGCUUAUCCUUGACUGCACACCAUUAAUAGUAUGUGAAUAUGGAAAUUGAAAACACUUCUUAAGAAAUGCUUCUCUUCUCACUUUGGCAAGGGAAAAAAAACAGCUGUCAAACACUAAGAAGAAGAAGAAACAAAGCUUCUGUGUUUUUUUUUCCCCUCUCAGGGCCUUCCUGUUUGUUUAUUCUGCUUUUUCUUUCUUUUAAAGUGCAGUUUUCCAUGAUCUAUCACAAAGAAAGUGUGCAUGCUUUUAAAAAUUAGAUUAAAAAGGAAAAAAAAUCAGCUCUUUAAAGCUGCUGAUUUAUAUGCUUAUAAUAGAUUUUAAAAGCAGAUGUUUAGGCAGAUCUCUACUUUUAUGGUACUAGAUGUGACUGCAUUUCUGUGCAGCAAGACAAGUACCUUUCAUGGAUCCUGCUAACGUUUUGGAGGGAAAAAACCACAAGUAACUUCUUUUGUGAUGGCAAGCUUCCCUAACCUAGUGUUUUCUAGAUGUGCCGGAACUUCCCAGAAUACCUCAGCAAGCAUAGCUGUUGGCUGUGGUAGCUUGGAAUUCUGGGAAAUGCAAACUCAGCAAGUUUGGUGGCACAGAUUGAUUCAGGCUGAUUCAAUGUGGUAAUCACUGGAGUAACUGGGAGAGAAAAGGCGCUUUAUAUACCUCUUCUACAGUAACUUUUUAAAAUGCAAGUUUUUAAGGUAAGAGGGAUGAAGGUGGCAGGUUGUUCACCACAGUGUCUGUGUCUUGUUCAAAAGUAUAUUCCACAUGUACUUUUUUCUUCUCUUGCUAUGACACUGUGUGAUGGUAAUAAUUCAGAGUUUCACAUUUUGCACAUAGAAUUUUAUGCAUCAUCAUCAUCAUGAAAAAAAUGCUGCCUUGAAAUAUUUGUGAAUGUUUUUCUUUUGCAAAAAAAAAAAAAGCUUUACUAGGUUUUUUUUUAAUUGUAACAUUUUUGUAAAGGCAGGAAAUGGAUUUUUAAAGAAAACUAGCAUGCUAAUUAUAUUUUUCAAAAAAGCAAUAAUUUUACAUGUACAGAAAUAGCACUAAUCUUUUAAUACUGAUAGAGAGCAACCGUUUACUUCUACAAUAAUGGGAUAGUGCUUUUUUCUAGAAGAUGAGGUUACACAAAGAUUUUUUUAAUAAGUAUUUUUUUCUGUUCCAAUUUUGUGUUGUCUGUAUAUGAGUUGGGAUUCUACUUGUUGCAAAUUACUUGACUGUUCUUGCGUGCUAUUAACUAUGAUGCAGUUGUAACAUUCUUAUAUAAUUUGCUGGUUUGGAAUUUUUAUUUUAUUUUAUUCCUCAUACUUAACCACCAGCUGUAACCCAGCUGUAACCCUGGAAUAGUAUAGAAUGUCUGUGCAGAUAUUGUAUAACUGAUUAAUCUGUUUUGAAGUUACCUUGCAGAAAUUCACACAGACAUAUUCCAGACCUCCUUCCUUCUAUCUCCUGCAACCCACUUCAUCCUCAUUUCCUUCAAAUCAUCUUUUUCUGAGUCAGAUAACACCAAAAUAUCCCUAAUUUGUCAAUUAGGGAUCCAUAAUCAAGUGCUACUUUUUCCUCUUUCAAGCACUUAUUUUCCUUAUUUUAAGUAAACAGGUGAGGAUUCAGGAAUGCCCACAGGUAACUUCUUUGCCCAUAUUUCUGCUUAAAAGAACUCCUAUCUCCCUCCCCCCAAGUUAUUUGAGUGUCCCAUACAACUAUCAUUAUUUUUGUUGCUUGAUUUGUGUGUAUAUUUUAUUUUUAAAUCAUUUUUGGGGAGUGGUGUCUUUUAUUUCAUUAAUUCUUUAUUUUUAAUUUUUUCGUCUUUGCAAGCUGAUAUAGAAGGAUCUUAGUUAUUAUUUAGAGUUUCAGAGCUUUUCCUGAAGAUUGUCUGACACACAAAGAGGAAAGGGCUGUCAUUGCCAUUACUAGGGUACUAAUCAGCAAAGUUUACAAUCAUAAUUUAGCUUCAUGAAGAACAACAGCAGGGGAAAUCAGUUUAAAUAAUUAUAUGCUGUGUAUAGCACAGAAAUGAGAUUUUCACUUAAUUAAACAAGAAAUGGGGAGGGAGAAGGGGAGCUGUCAUUAAAGACCACCAUAUUACGUGUGAAUUCCAAGCUUUGUAAUUUCCUCCUUUCUCAUCCAUAUUGUAUCAAUUCGUUAAUUCACUUAGAUCCUAGUGUUUAGUAUGAUUUGUGCUCUUAUUUAUUUAGCUAUUUGGGUUUAAAAUAGCCUUUUUUUAAAAAAAAGGAAACAUAAUUUUGUAGCAUGACACAUUUUGUAAGCCAUCUUCUGACUGUUACAGAGAUUUUCUGCUACCUCUGUCAAUCUGUUUCUUUUCCUUAACAGGUUUUCUACAGUGUUGCACUCUAAUGUACCUUAGACAAUAAAGGUUCCAUAAUGAGCAGUGCA